UGAUAGGCAGGGCUGGAGUGUUAGCACCAGUACUGGAUGUGACAGCAGGCAGAGGAGCACUUAGCAGCUUAUUCAGUGUCGAUUCGGAUUCCGGCAAGGAUCCAACCAUGGAAUGCUGCCGUCGGGCAACUCCUGGCAUACCGCUCUUCUUUCUGACUUUUCUGCUCCUGAGCUCCAGGACAGCACGCUCUGAGGAGGAACGGGAUGGCCUAUGGGAUGCGUGGGGCCCAUGGAGUGAAUGCUCGAGGACCUGUGGAGGAGGUGCUUCCUACUCAUUGAGACGCUGCCUCAGUAGCAAGAGUUGUGAAGGAAGAAAUAUCAGAUAUAGAACUUGCAGUAAUGUGGACUGUCCACCAGAAGCAGGUGAUUUCCGAGCCCAGCAAUGCUCAGCUCAUAAUGAUGUCAAGCAUCAUGGCCAGUUUUAUGAGUGGCUUCCUGUAUCCAACGAUCCUGACAAUCCAUGUUCUCUCAAGUGCCAGGCCAAAGGAACUGCCCUGAUUGUUGAGUUAGCACCAAAAGUCCUAGAUGGUACACGAUGCUACACAGAAUCAUUGGACAUGUGCAUCAGUGGUUUAUGCCAAAUUGUUGGCUGUGAUCACCAACUAGGAAGCACCGCCAAGGAAGAUAACUGUGGAGUCUGCAGUGGAGAUGGGUCUACCUGUAGGCUGGUCCGAGGGCAGUAUAAAUCCCAACUCUCUGCAACCAAAUUGGAAGAUACUGUGGUGGCUAUUCCCUAUGGAAGUAGACAUAUUCGCCUUGUCUUAAAAGGACCAGAUCACUUGUAUCUGGAAACCAAAACCCUCCAGGGGGCUAAGGGUGAAAACAGUCUCAGUUCCACGGGCACUUUUCUUGUGGACAAUUCUAGUGUGGAGUUCCAGAAAUUUCCAGACAAAGAGAUACUGAGAAUGACUGGACCACUCACAGCAGAUUUCAUUGUCAAGAUCCACAACUCAGGACCCGCAGACAGUACAGUUCAAUUUAUCUUCUACCAGCCCAUCAUUCACCGAUGGAGAGAGACAGAUUUCUUUCCCUGCUCAGCAACCUGUGGAGGAGGUUACCAGCUGACAUCAGCUGAGUGUUAUGAUCUCCGGAGCAACCGAGUAGUUGCUGAUCAAUACUGUCACUAUUACCCGGAGAACAUCAAACCCAAACCCAAGCUUCAAGAGUGCAACUUGGAUCCCUGUCCAGCCAGUGACGGAUACAAGCAGAUCAUGCCUUAUGACCUCUACCAUCCCCUUCCUCGGUGGGAGGCCACCCCGUGGACCGCGUGCUCCUCCUCGUGUGGGGGGGGCAUCCAGAGCCGGGCAGUUUCCUGUGUGGAGGAGGACAUCCAGGGGCAUGUCACCUCAGUGGAAGAGUGGAAAUGCAUGUACACCCCUAAGAUGCCCACCGUGCGGCCCUGCAACAUUUUUGACUGCCCUAAAUGGCUGGCACAGGAGUGGUCUCCGUGCACAGUGACCUGUGGCCAGGGUCUCAGAUACCGUGUGGUUCUCUGCGUUGACCAUCGAGGAAUGCACACGGGAGGCUGUAGCUCAAAAACAAAGCCACACAUCAAAGAGGAAUGCAUCAUACCUACACCAUGUUAUAAACCCAAAGAGAAACUUCCAGUAGAGGCCAAGCUCCCAUGGUACAAACAAGCUCAAGAGCUAGAAGAAGGAGCUGCUGUGUCAGAAGAGCCUUCGUUCAUCCCAGAGGCCUGGUCAGCCUGCACAGUUACCUGUGGUGUGGGGACCCAAGUGCGAAUGGUCAGGUGCCAGGUGCUCCUGUCCUUUUCCCAGUCCGUGGCUGACCUGCCUGUUGAUGAAUGUGAAGGACCCAAGCCAGCAUCCCAGCGCGCCUGUUAUGCAGGACCUUGCAAUGGGGACGUUCCUGAGUUUCACCCGGAAGAUACUGAUAGUCUCUUCAGUAGCCUGCAAGAUUUUGAUGAGCUGUAUGACUGGGAGUAUGAAGGCUUCACCAAAUGCUCUGAGUCAUGUGGAGGAGGUGUCCAGGAGGCUGUGGUGAGCUGCCUGAACAAACAGACACGGGAGCCUGCUGAUGAGAACCUGUGCGUGACCAGCCGCCGGCCCCCACAGCUCCUCAAAUCCUGCAGUUUGGAUCCCUGCCCAGCAAGGUGGGAAAUUGGUAAGUGGAGUCAAUGCAGUCUCACAUGUGGGGUUGGUCUGCAAACCAGAGAUGUCUUCUGCUCCCACCUAAUCUCCAGAGAGAUGAAUGAAACUGUAAUCCUGGCUGAUGAUCUAUGUCGUCAGCCCAAACCCAGCACUGUGCAAGCCUGUAACCGUUUCAACUGCCCACCAGACUGGUACCCUGGACAAUGGCAGCAGUGUUCCAGAACCUGUGGUGGGGGCAUUCAGAAGCGCGAGGUUCUUUGCAAACAACGCAUGGCUGACGGCAGCUUUCUGGAACUUCCUGAGACCUUCUGUUCAUCCUCAAAACUGACCUCCCAGCAAGGCUGCAAAAAAGAUGACUGUCCCAGUGAGUGGAUUCUCUCCGACUGGUCAGAGUGUUCCACAAGUUGUGGAGAGGGCACCCAGACUCGAAGUGCUGUUUGUCAGAAGAUGCUGAAAACUGGAGUCUCUGCUAUUGUCAAUUCCUCCUUGUGCCCUCCGCUGCCUUUCUCCUCAUCCAUCAGGCCCUGCAUGCUGGCAACCUGUGCAAGGCCGGGUCGCCCAUCCACAAAGCACAGCCCCCACAUUGCGGCCGUGAGGAGGGUCUACAUCCAGACGCGCAGACAGAGGAAGCUGCAUUUCGUCGUGGGGGGCUUCGCCUACCUGCUCCCCAAGACCUCGGUGGUGCUGCGCUGUCCCACGCGGCGCUUCCGCAAGCCGCUCAUCACCUGGGAGAAAGACGGCCAGCACCUCAUCAGCUCGGCUCACGUCACCGUGGCCCCGUUUGGCUACCUGAAGAUCCACCGCCUCAAGCCCUCGGACGCGGGCAUCUACACCUGCUCUGCAGGGCCGGCCCGGGAACAGUUCGUCAUCAAGCUCAUCGGCGGCAACCGCAAGCUCGUGGCCCGGCCCGUGAGCCCGCGGGGCGAGCACGAGGCCCCGUCGGGGCGCAAGGGGCACCCGAAGGAGGAGGCCCUGCAGCCUCACAAGCACCAGAACGCAAUCUUCUCCAACGGCAGCAAGCCUGAGAAGCGCGGGCUCGCCGCCGAUGCCGGGAACCGCUACGAUGACCUGGUGUCCCGGCUGCUGGAGCAGGGGGGCUGGCCCGGGGAGCUCCUGGCGUCCUGGGAGGUGCAGGACUCCACGGAGAGGAACGCGUCCUCCGAGGAAGACCAGAACACGGAGCAGGCCUUGCUGCACCUGCCCUUCACCCUGGUGACGGAGCAGAAGCGCCUGGAUGACAUCCUGCGCAACCUGUCGCAGCAGCCGGAGGAGCUGCGCGACGUCUACAGCAAGCACCUGGUGGCCCAGCUGGCCCAGGACAUCUUCCGCAGCCACCUCGAGCAACCGGACGUGCUCCUCAAGCCGUCGGAGCGGCGCGGGCCGCCCGUGCCCGUCCCCCCUCAUAAGCUGGUGUCCGGCUUCAGCAGCGCCCUGCGCACCUUGGCCUCCGGGGAGGCGGCGGGCGGCGGGCGGCGGCCCCAGCGCAAACCCACCAUCCUGCGCAAGAUCUCCGCGGCCCAGCAGCUCUCGGCGUCGGAGGUGGUCACCCACCUCGGGCAGACGGUGGCCCUGGCCAGCGGCACCCUGAGUGUGCUUCUGCACUGCGAGGCCAUCGGCAACCCGAGGCCCACCAUUAGCUGGGCAAGGAACGGAGAAGCGGUUCAGUUCAGCGACAGGAUUCUUCUACAGCCAGAUGAUUCCUUACAGAUCCUGGCUCCCGUGGAAGCUGAUGUGGGUUUCUACACUUGUAAUGCCACAAAUGCCUUGGGAUAUGACUCUGUCUCCAUUGCCGUCACAUUAGCAGGAAAGCCACUAGUGAAAACCUCACGAAUGACUGUGAUCAACAUCAAAGAGCCUGAGAUCACAGUUGAUGUGGGAAGCACCAUCAAAACAGUGCAGGGAGUGAAUGUGACAAUUAACUGCCAAGUUGCAGGUGUACCUGAAGCUGAAGUCACUUGGUACAGGAAUAAAAGCAAACUGGGCUCUCCUCUCCAUCUGCAUGAGGGGUCCUUGCUGCUCACGGACGUGUCGUUCUCCCAUCAGGGCUUGUACACUUGCAGGGCGGCCAAUCUCCAUGGAGAGCUGAUUGAGAACACCCAGCUACUGAUCCUAGAUCCCCCUCAAAUCCCCACACAGUUGGAAGACAUCAGGGCCUUGCUUUCAGCCACUGGACCGAACCUUCCUUCAGUACUGACAUCUCCCCUGGGAACACAGCUGGUCCUGGAUCCUGGGAAUUCUGCUCUCCUUGGCUGCCCUAUCAAAGGUCACCCUACCCCCAACAUCACCUGGUUCUACAGUGGUCAGCCAGUUGGCAAUGUGACAGGACUAAGGCACCUUAUCUUGGCAGCUGGACAGAUUCUCCAGAUUGCAAAUCUCAGUAGCGUGUCUCAAGGGGAAUUCAGCUGCCUUGCUCAGAAUGAGGCAGGCACUCUGGUACAGAAAACCUCUUUAGUGAUCCAAGAUUACUGGUGGUCUGUGGACAGACUGGCGACCUGCUCUGCCUCCUGCGGGAACCGGGGUAUUCAACAGCCCCGCCUGAGGUGCCUGCUGAAUAGCACAGAAGUGAACCCCACACAUUGUUCGGGGAAGGUACGCCCCACUGUGCAGCCAGUAGCCUGCAACCGGAGAGACUGCCCUUCUCGAUGGAUGGUGACCUCAUGGUCUGCCUGUACCCGGAGCUGUGGUGGAGGGGUCCAGACCCGCCGAGUGACGUGCCAGAAGCUGAAAGCCUCUGGCAUCUCCGUUCCUGUGCCCAAUGACAUGUGCACCCAGCUCUCCAAGCGGCCAGUGGACACGCAGGCCUGUAACCAGCAGCUCUGUGUGGAGUGGGCCUUCUCCAGCUGGGGCCAGUGCAGCGGACCAUGCAUUGGGCCUCACCUCGCUGUGCAACACAGACAAGUCUUCUGCCAGACGCGAGAUGGCAUCACCUUACCCUCAGAGCAGUGCAGUGCCCUUCCAAGGCCUGUAAGCACCCAGAACUGCUGGUCAGAGGCCUGCAGCGUACACUGGAGAGUGAGUCUGUGGACCCUGUGCACGGCCACUUGUGGCAACUAUGGCUUCCAGUCCCGGCGCGUGGAGUGCGUGCACGCACACACCAACAAGGCGGUGCCCGAGCACCUGUGCUCCUGGGGGCCCCGGCCCGCCAACUGGCAACGCUGCAACAUCACCCCGUGUGAAAACAUGGAGUGCAGAGACACCACCAGGUACUGCGAGAAGGUGAAACAGCUGAAACUCUGCCAGCUCAGCCAGUUCAAAUCUCGCUGCUGUGGAACUUGUGGCAAGGCGUGAAGACAGGGCCUGGGGAGGCACGCUCCCCGGCCACGCGGAGGACUCACGCAACCGCCUUGGACAGAACUUAAGCUUUCUUCGUUUUAUUUAUUUAUUUCCCCCUUUCUUCCCGCUACACAAGCCCUCACCCUGUCUUCCCCUCCCCACCCCUAGCCUGGAGCGUGUCUUCUCCUUCAGGGAGCUGGAGGGCAGAAUGUUGGGAAGGAGGAAGAUGGAGGGCUGAGAGGGGGCGUGCAGCACUUCAGGCUGGCUGCCCCCCCGCCCCAAACCCAGGUCUCCAGGAGACCUAGGGAGAGGCAGGCACAGCCUAGCUGGGGGGGAGGGGGGAGGACAGCAGGGUGACAGCCCUAACAGUGGAGGGGAGAUGGGAGGACGGAAGAUGGGAAAGGGUUUGGGUGUGGGCUUUGGACAACCCCUGUGUCUUAGCUGGCAGCACAGUUGAGGCCAGAGUGGGCCGCUCCUGUGUGUUUCCUGGUCCAGACCCCCGCCGUGGGGGAACCAGGAAAAAGGGCACCUCGCUGAGGCAGAACUCACUGGGCCCUUCUGUGAGAAGGCACAGAGGAGAACUCAGAACAAGACAGUCGGGUAAAGGAGUAGACGAGGUUUAAAUCAAGACCUACAGCACAGUACGAUGCAGAAAAUGAGACGGGGCAAAGCGACAGAAGGAAGAAGCAAGCUGUGUGCACCUCAGCGGGGAAUGGUAGGGGUCAGGCAGCACCUGAGGCUCACCAGCCAGGCUUGGAUGCACCACUAGGCACCCCUGUAGCCCUCAAAAGGGCAGCGCCAGGUGUUUCCAGAGCCUUGCUUCCUUCCCAGAGGGCACAGCCCGGCCACUGCAUGGGGGUGGGGAGGGCAUGGCCUCUAUGGUGAGGGGAAUCCCCUCCCGCACCCUCCAAGUCAACUUCCUACCUUUACACCUGCAGUUCAGCCAGUGAGACACCAAAGUCUGGCUAUGCAGUCCAGCCACCCCUCGCAUCUCCAUCUAAAUCAAGAGUCCCCCAGCCCAGUAGGAAACUGCUGAUGUGGCAGAGAGGGUCUGCAGGCCUGGGGCUUCCGCCUCUGUGUGUGUGUCCUUUGCUGCUCCACUUACUGUGCCAAGGGUGGGGACAAUAUGUCAAAAGCCAGUUCAGUCAUCAGAGAAUGUGUGUCAGAUCACAGCAACCACUUCAUUCCAAAGCUGGCCAGGCCACAGGGUGGGGACAGGGACUGUGCAGGCCCCUCCUGGCAUGCAGGGACCAUUGCCUUCCUAGCAAACAGAUGUGGACACAGAGCAAAGAGCAAGGUGGCAAAACCAAAGGAGAACUGCAGCUUCCAAGAUGGUCCUUGUAGUCUUUCUAAGCCAUUCCUACAUACAGCGGCGGCAUGUGGUCAUCAGAAUCAAUCAACAUCCAUUACAGCGAUGUGCUAAUUGAGUAAAGCAGAGCAUGUGCACGAGCAUACACACACACACACACACACACACACACACACACACACACACACACCAGUAAUGCUUGCCAGCUGAAUUAAAUAACUAUAGCAAAGACUAGUGGCAAAGUGGAAAGUUUGAGAAUAUCUGGCAAAUUGCUCACUAAGCAGCACUGCUCGGGGUGAAAAAUUUUGGCUGCUGCCCCAAGUGGCACUGUAACCAGGACAGACACACUCACCCUGUGGUUAACUGCCUCCUUCACACAUGCUCUAUAAAGGCCACUAGCCCCAGGGCCACCACUGACAUCAGGGCUGCAGUUCUUAGCUCGUCUAGAAGUAAAAUUGGGGAUGGGGAGAAAGGCAACAUUAACCUGAGUCCUCUCUUGGUAAACUAUGGACAACUGAGUGGGGGGAGCCUCUCUCUUCCUUACCACAAAAAUGUGCCCUAAGAAAUCAUGUUACUAAAAAAUCAGCGUCAUGUUUAUUUAAAAUAAAGAGAUAUUUUCUAUGUCUGUAUAUCUUUUGUGAAUAUUUAUUAGGAUUUCUUGUAUGAAAACGUGCAAUAUUAAUCAUUGUACAUUUGUCAUCCAGAAAACAAAAUAUUGGGGGGACUUUUGAUUAACUUACUGUAGUUGUAUUUCUGCGGAACUCUGUGGUGAUCAUUGUAUUGUUUCUAUUUUUGACAGAACUUGGUGUUAAAACUUUGGACACAUUUACUAUGUCCAGAUUGCUUUGUCAAAGCUAAAGUGGAGGUUUAUUUGUGACACCAUAGUUAUGACUGGAAUGAAGACAACAGAUUCCAUACUGCUACUAAUGUGGUUGACUAUUUCUAGUGAAACAGCUUUUGAAAACCAGUGGCCAUUAUUUGCAUUUUCUGACUAGCAGGGGUCCCUCCUGCUCCACUCUGCACCAGGAUAUCGUGGAUGGAGAUGAGGUUCAGAGUGAGCUGGAGGAUGAGGUUGGGGUGGGAAGCAGCAUGCUCCUUGCAUGAGAUGAAUGUACAUUUACUGUUUGUUCUGUGAAUUGUGACUCAGCAGCACCAUGAGAUUAUUAGGGCUGCUGAAUAAUGUGGAAGGAGGCACUUCCUCCUCUAAAACACAAAACUGUAUUUAUAUUUUUUGUACAUAUAAUACAGCUUAUUUA